UUCUAUUUACGUAUCGUCGUCCUAGCCUCCUUCUCCCCUACAUCCCUUCGCCUGCUGAACGCUUGACACACCUCUCUCGUUCCAUAUCCUCUGCGCCCCUCGAUGUCUUAUAAUCAGUUUCCCGGAGGUCACUAUUCGGGUGGACAGUCUCACCAAGGAGGUGGCGGAUAUCCUCCUGUCCAGAAUUAUGGCCAGCCGCCUCAAAACUAUGGUCCUCCGGCGCAAUAUGGAGGUCCGCCGCCGCAGCUGUAUAACAGUCCUCCACCACAACAAUACGGACCACCGCAGAAUUACCAAGGCUAUCCGCCUCAAGGCCCACCCGGCGGGUACCAGAACACUCCUCCUCCACAGCAGUACAACAACUACCCUCCGCCGAACAACCAGCCCCAAGGCCCACCCCCAGGUCAAUAUCCACAACCUGUAGGACGAAUGCCAACUGUGAAUAGCAACCAAUGGACACAAGGGAACCAUAAUGCGCCUCCACCGCCUCCGCAGCAAGAACAGGCAUUUGGCCAUGGUGCUCCCUCGAAUUACCAUUUCCGGUACUCUGCGUGCAAUGGUCGUCGCAAAGCACUACUCAUCGGCAUCAACUACUUCAAUCAGCGCGGUCAGCUGCGCGGAUGCAUCAAUGAUGUGAAGAACAUGUCAAAUUACCUGAACGGCUUCUUUCGCUAUAAGCGGGAGGACAUGGUUAUCCUGACCGAUGACCAGCAGAAUCCGAUGAGUCAACCCACCAAGCAGAAUAUCCUCCGUGCUAUGCACUGGCUAGUCAAGGAUGCCAGACCCGACGAUUCGCUAUUUUUCCACUACUCCGGCCACGGUGGCCAAACCAAAGAUCUUGAUGGCGACGAAGAAGAUGGCUACGACGAAGUUAUUUAUCCAGUGGAUUUCCGUACCGCGGGCCACAUUGUCGAUGAUGAGAUGCACAGAAUAAUGGUUCAGCCAUUACAAGCAGGCGUUAGGCUUACAGCAAUCUUCGACUCUUGCCACUCCGGGUCCGCAUUAGAUUUACCGUACAUCUACUCCACACAAGGCGUCCUCAAAGAACCAAAUCUUGCAAAAGAGGCUGGUGCAGGAUUAUUGGGCAUUGUUGGAGCAUAUGCCAGGAAAGAUAUUGGGGGCAUGUUUUCCACGGGUGCUGGCCUUCUGAAGAAACUUACUACCGGCGACGACGUCUUCCAAAAGAACAUGCGCACCAAGACUUCGCCUGCGGAUGUUAUAAUGUGGUCUGGGAGCAAAGACGAUCAAACUUCCGCUGACGCCACAAUCGCUAGCCAGGCUACUGGCGCUAUGUCGUAUGCAUUCAUUAGUGCUCUGAAGAAGAACCCGAACCAGAGUUAUGUGCAAUUGCUCAACAGCAUUCGUGACGAGUUGGAGGGAAAAUAUAGUCAGAAGCCCCAGCUUAGUUGCAGUCACCCGCUGAACACUGAUAUCCUAUACGUGAUGUGAUACCUUCGCGAUUCUGAGCGACCAGUUCCAAAUGCGGUGGGGCACUAGCUCACGAGCAUCCUUUAGGUUUGGUCAAAUCGACGGGUACAUGGUAGAGAUGCCCGCGAUGGCUGGGCAACGGCUAUGGACAGCCUUGGCGACGAGUAAUGGCUUUGCGUGUAUGGUUGAAAAGAGCGUGCAAUUUUAGUAUACACCAAGAUGAUGGCGACCAAUUUACUCAAAUCAAAGCGCAGCGUUUACGUCGAUAUAGUGGCUUCGUAUUUCAAUCUCCGAGGAGUCUUGGUAGAGAUCUGAAGAGGAGCCAAAUGUAUGUCUUCAUAGACUCAUAUGGACCUUUCUUCUCCACUACGGUGGAAGGCAGAAGCAGUCUUCACGAUAUGGUGAUUACAUUUCCUCACC